AGAAACUUCCCAAAUUUGAUCAUGACGAUUUAAAUUCUACGUCAUCAAGUUUACUAAGAAGUAUCCCCCCUUCCGUAAUAUUAUUUAAUGCAUUCUUUAAAUACUUUCAGUACUUUGAUUUCUAUAAUACUGUUUACCGGAAAUGACUCAAUAUUUGUAACCUUGCGCACAAGCAGCCGUCGUUAUCGAUUUAGCGAUAUAAAUAUCAAACUUAACUUUAGAAGUCCCUUGGUGUUUUUAGGACGUUGUUUGAAUUAAAAUGGUGAAAACAGUAAAUACUAAGGCAGACUUCGACGCUGUCAUUAAAGAGGACAAAUUAACUGUGGUUGAUUUCUAUGCAACAUGGUGUGGUCCUUGCAGAAUGAUUGCUCCUAAAAUUGAAGAAAUGGAAAAGGAAUUUUCUGGUGUCAAUUUCAUCAAGGUGGAUGUGGAUGAAAAUUCGGAAACUGCUGAAGACUGUGGUAUUUCAGCAAUGCCAACAUUUUUCUUUUACAAAGCAGGAAACAAGUUAGAUGAAGUGGUUGGAGCAAGUGAAGCUAGCAUCCGGGAAAAAAUUGAAAAGCUCAAGUAGAUAGAAAAAUAAAGAAUUAGAAUUUUUCUUCCCUUUUUAUAACCAAUGUGAACAGUACUGUAAAUUCUUAGUGCACUGAUUACAUGUAAGGGCAAUAUCUAUUUUACAUGUUAACUAAUUGCUCUCCUUCUCAGGGGUUUAAACAAUUGUUUAAUCUUACAAUGUACAUGGAAAAAAAAAAGAUAAUCAGACAUGCAGUAUUGUAGGUAAUGUUUGAAUUGUUAAAGAUAAUUUAAAUGGUUAUUUAACAAAUACGAUCAGCUCUAAUUUCCUUUGUCGGUAUUUUGUUUAGGUAUAAUUGGCAAUUACAUUUUGAUACUUGACUGCACAGUAUUUCUGUAUGUGGCCUUUCUGCUUUAUUAUGCAAUAAUACAAAAUGUAUUUGAA